CUCGGGAGAGGCAGGAAGGACGACCCCGGGGAACCACCGCCCGACAGAGCCGCUGGGUCGGCGAUGGGGGGCGCCCGAACGAGGGUGGAUUUCGGGGCGUCUUCUGGAAACGGACGGGAUAGCUGGAGGAUUUUGUACGGGAAAGGCUCUAUUCGGACAGGCCAAGUUCCUUGGGAAACUCCUGAGAAAAGCCCAAUGGGAGGGCCAUUCGGAACGCCUUUGGCUGAAGGAUUAAAAAGGCUGCAGGGGUCAGGCGACAGCGUCGCAGACACACCUCCGCUGGGAGUUUUCUGGUACCUUAGCAGAUCCUCUCGGCCCAGGGCCAUCGACUUUCUUCUGUUUGGAGUGCGCUCCCAGAAGAGCGGGUAUGCUGUUUUCACUGUUGACCAAGCGGAGGAUUAUGAUGGUGAGGGUCACUGGGCCUGUCAGGGCAGGUCAGGUUAUGCUGCAGUAAUAAACAACCCCCAGCUCUCCGCGCCUUUGAAUCAGAGACUUCUUUCAAACUCAUGGGAUGUGCCCUCUGCCGUUUGGAAGGAGACUUUUCACCAAAGCCAAGGGAGCAGCCACCACAUCCAGCGUUGCCAGUCGCCAUGCCAGAGGGAAGCUGAGAGAGUCAGGAGGGUGGUCCUCCGCCCCCUAAAAAGAUCCAGUCAUUUCCAUUCACAGCUCACUCAUUGGCCAAGACAGCUUGAGAUAUUUGGCCAACAGCAAUCUUCAAGGGCACAGAACAAUGAUCCAUUCAACAAGUAAUUAUUUAAUAUCCACUACAUAUCAGGUGCUGUUCUAGGCACUAAAGGUGCAACAAUGAAAUAGACAUAUUCUUGGGACUUACAUUUUCGUGGUAGGGCCAGGUAAUAAACAUACAAAUAUAGGUGUAAUAUACUAUCAGGUCAAGUGCUGUGAUGAGAAAUAAAGCGCGUUAGGGGGACGGAAAGUGACAGGGGCUAAUAUGAGACUGGGUGGUCUCUGAGGGGCAGGCGUCUAAACAUAGACCUGAAUGGCGCAGGCCCGGUGUCUCUCUGAGCAAGGGCUCAGGAUAGGGACCAGGGGACACGACAGUCCCUACACUUCCCCAAACAUUGUGAACCAGUUUGUUCCAAACGUGUGCUCCCGGUGUCCAGAGACUGAUUCGGAAGUCUGGAUAUUGGCCCGUAUUUUAUAGGAGAGUUUGAUCAGUGUGACUCGCAGACCACGCUUUGAAAAUGGGACCAACGCGGUGUGCUGUGUGUGUGUGGGAUUAUGUGACCCUCCGUAGACAUUUGAGGGAAAACGCUCUGACCCUCGUUAACCACGGGAGUCCAGCUCCCCAAGCCACUUCCCCUCCUUCCGGGGCAGCUGUCACCCCCAGAGCUCCGCCUCCCGAGGAAGUGGGCGUUGCUUGCGUUGUGUGACGCGUGUCAGUGAUGCCUCCCAUUUCUGAACUCUGAGCAGGCACCGAGACAGAACGCUGUCAGGGGACUAAAAUGUUUGUCAAAGUCCCUCGUAAAAGGCCACAUGUGCUGAACACCUACUGUGUGUGGCAGGCACUCUUUGCCUGCGUGACUUCAACUCCUUGGCCA